AUGCAAAACGAGAAGGCCAAAAAAAGUAAUUUCAAUGCAAAGACAUUAACAACUGCCUCAAAAUUUUACACGUAUUUGAAUAAUUUACUGAUUAUUUCUCCCAGAAGAAGAUUAGGUAUUUGGAGAAGAGUUUUUGGAGAAAAAGGUGAAUCAAAAAAAUGUUUUGUUUCAAUUUCUGGCGAUUCAGUUCUGGAACCAGAAUGUUUUGGAGUAGCAAAAAGGGAGCUUUCGAUUUUGGAAGAAAAGGGAGUUUCCCUGAGAGGAUAUAAUUCAAGUCUGAACAACAUAAUGGAUUUAAAACCUUUUUCAGAUUUUAAAGGUCAUGAUAUGCAUAGUUUAAGUUACUGGUAUGUUCCCAAUUCAGUUAAACAUCAGUAUUAUGUGAAUUAUAAUUUAAAUAGAUUGUCCGAUUGGCAAGUCGAUACAUUGUCACAGAUUUUGAAUUUUAUGGUAGUUGAGAAAGAUCGACUAAUUGGCAAAUGGGAUAACAUUUUCACUGACAAUUCUCGCCAAAAUUUGUCUCCAUAUUUGAUUGUUUCUCCAGAUGUUUGCGAGAACUUAACAAUCUGUGAAAUUGUUGCUUUAAACAGCCUAUUAUAUUCUGGAGGGAAUAUAUUGGCAAUUUUCCCAAACCCACAGAAAUGUGAUGCUUACUAUCAGAGAUGCAAAUACUUGUUUGGCAUUAAUUCAUUAAAUUUAAGGAUCGAACUUUUUGGCCAAAGUUCAAGGUCGAUUAAUAAAAGUUGGUUUCCAAAUAUAGAUUUGACAAUUUGCACUUUGGAAAAGUCUAAUUCACUAAUUAAUCGACUUAUUUCAGAUAAUAUGCUAAGUGAAUGCAUUAAAACUAUUAUUAUAGAUGAUAUAAACUUUGUUGGAGAUCCUGAGAAAGGCCAUCUACUAGAAAAUAUUCUCACAAAAAUUUCUUAUUUGAAUUUGGUUAACGAUUUUUACACAAAAAAUAAUUAUUUUAAGGGAAGAAAUGGACCAUUAACCUGUUUAUAUGUUUCAAACGAAAAGAUUCCUAAUUUAGAAAUAUACACAGAUGUCCUUAAAGUCGGCAAAAUUUUUGAAAAUUACAGAUACGAAAAAGAGCGUGAGCCUGAUGUUUAUAUUAAAAGAGGAAAUAACGUAUUUUUCUGGAACAAAGUAAAGGCUAAUCAAACAUCAAAUAAAGACGAAAAAUAUGAAAUUUUUGAAAUUUUUGAAAAUGAUAAAAACAAUAACAGUUUUCAAAAAACUGCCAUCAGUGAUUUGAAAUAUUUUUCAGAUCUGAUUCUCGAGUCUUUGAUAAGCAAUAAGAAGGCUCUAGUUUUCUGUCCAACAAUUGAAUGGUGUAAGAAAUCACUUCAAACGAUUUCUAUGGAAAUUCUUGAAAUUGUUUCUAAUAAAGACAAUUCUAUGCCUUACAAAUAUAAACACCUGAAAAACAACCAAUUUGGGUUAUUUGCUAACCAAAUAACUCAAGACAGACCUUUAAGAAUCAAUAUUAUUGAAAAACUGAAAAAGGUGUCAAAAAAUGGAUCUAAAACAGAGAAUGAUCUCUUACUAUUCGAUGGAAUUUUGAAUUAUGGAAUUGCAAUACACAAUUCAAAGUUCUCUUUUAAAGAAAGAAAAAUCAUUGAAGAUGCUUUUAAAAACAAUCAUUUAAAAAUUCUUUUCUGUACUUCCUUACAUAUGAUGGACUCUGAAAUUAAAGCUGACAGAAUUAUUAUCAGAUCUAUUGGGCUCGGUAAAAUCAAUAAUUUAACAAAAAAAAAGACUGGAAACAGGGAAUGGAUUUCAAAAAAUACUCUCAAACAAUUUUUUGGCAGAAUUUCCCACCCCAACUCCGAUAUUACCGCCAAAACAAGAAUGCAUGCAUCCUCUAAUAUAUGCACUUCAAAUUGGGCGGGAGACGGUUUUAAAAUGGGAAUAUUUAUUUUCACUGGCGAUGAUUUAGAGUUUAAAUAUUUGGAUAAUUUGUUGAAUGAUGCUAAUUUCCAGAGUCUGGAGUUCUUAUCUCAUUUGUCAGAAUUAAAUUUAUUUAGGUUAAUACUGGAGUUGAUACAAACAGAUUUGGUGAGAGAAAUUGGAGGUUUGGAGUUAUUAAUUUCUAGACUCACUUUUAGAGGAAAACUAGAAGGUUCUAAUUUCAAUUCAAUUUUUGAUAUAUUUGCAAAAGAUUACCAAAAAAUUCCUCGAGUUUUUCAAUUUAAAGGGCUCAAUGAAGAUAUGCUUUUGUCAAUAUCAUUUAUGGCAAUGAACCAAUUAGUUUUCUUUAGCUCAGGUAAAGAAAACUAUGACAUUAACGAGAUCUCAAUAUCCAGUAAGUAUGUACAGCAGUUUCAAGAUAAAUUUGGGCAUCUUAAAUCUCCAAUAGUUUCGUCAAAGUACGCAUUAAUCGGUUCUAAAACCAAGGAUAAACUAAACAAGUCUAUUACAGCCAUUAUAAUUAAACAAAAUGACUUCCUUGCAAAACUAGGAUCUGGAAAAAAGUAUUUGUUAUCAUUUUUUAACGCCAUUGGGCCUUGCAUUGGUAAUUCCCAGAUUAUUGGAACUUGCCUAGCAAGUGCAUUAGUACAGUCCCAACUACAUCCUUGUAUAGUCCUGGAAAUAUAUAGCGAUUUGAUUAAGUCCAAAUUACUUGGUUUAGAUCUUUCAAACAACCUUCAGAUAUAUAUCUUGGGAUUAUUGGCAUAUAACGGAUCUCACUUAAAAGUAAAUUGGAGUAAUUAUCUGCAAAUCUUUAGUGAGCUAACACCUAGAGAGAUAUUAAUUGCAGACUUUUACGGAGUUAACUUUAAAGUAAUAAGUGAGAUUGUUCGAACUGUAACUUCAAAUUCAAACUUAAUCCCUGAUUUAAGCAAGCUUUCUCCAGUAAGCAUUCAGCAUUCUUAUUUUUACUCUGAAACCCUUAAUUUCAAGGGAGUCAUUGAAAAAUACAGACUGAUAUCCAUAUACAGAUUUUAUUAUGCAUGCUUUCUAAGGGACCUAUGCAACCCAAUGAUGACUUUUGAGCUCAUUAUGGCAAAGUAUUCUAUUGAUUCCAAUGCUAUUAAACUCAUUGUCAGUUCAUUCAGUUUAUCUAUUAAUACAGUUUCAAGCUUAUGUAAGUCUAUUGGCUGGAUUGACUUGGGGGAAAUCAUUUUCAAUAUUAAAAAUCACUUGGAAUCUAGUAUAUCCAUUCGAAAUGUCAAAUAUUUGUAUAAAAUUACCCAAGAACAAAAUCACUACCAAAUGGUCACCUCCCCACAUAAUACUACUAAUGGCCUUCCCCCAGCUACUCCAUUACUGAAUGAUUAUCAUUUAGACCAACAAGAUAUAUCCAGGAUCAUGAACUACGUAAAUAUGGCAACUUCCCUAAACAACUACAUUACUCCUAAUAUAGCCAUUUCUUUCUACUUUUCUGGUCUAAAUUGCAUAGAAAAUAUUGCCACAGCAUCUAAAGAAACCCUAUUAAGGUCUAUUCAAAAUGCAAACAAAUUAGAUGACUACUUUGGACAAUUUACCAAUAAGCCUCCUGAGCCAAAUUUAAAUUUGAUGGUUAUUUGCCAAGAAAUUGUUCAGCAGGCCAGGAAAGUUCUAUCACAAUCGGAAAAUCUUCAUGAUAUUGAUUCUCUCUCUAAUUCAGAUGUUUAUACCGAAAACCAUGAAAUUGAUAUUGACCUAAAUGACUUGGAUUUAGACCUUGUCCAAAACGUGGGAGAGCUCACAGCAAAGUCCGAAUAUUUAUAA